GGAAAAAAAAACUAAAGGGGAGAAGAGAAUCCCCGUAGCGGAGCCGUAGCGAGCACAGCACAGGAUAGGACAGGACAGGAUAGAAGUCAGACCUGAGUUGAGGCUUCCCCUGCCCCUCUCUCCGAUCCAUGCCAUCGCCGUUGACUUUUUUCUAUAGAUCGAGAUAGCGGGCUUUGUAUUGCUUCGACGUCAUUCUCAUCCAGCCAGUGUUCUUGUUAUUCCCUGCUCGAUCAGGCAGUUUCACUUUGUUGCUGCUGCUGCGAGUUCGAUGGAGGAGAUCGACGAGCAGGAAGACGGACGGACUCCCUAAUUCAAUUGGUAGUUGGUGGAAGAAGUGAAGUUCAUCGUCGAUUGAUCAGCUGUGUUGUGUUGUGUUGCAUUGUUGUGUCGUGUUUUGGGGAGGGAGGGGGUCAAAUGGGUGGCGGUCCUUCCAAGAAGUUGAAAGCUAAACCCACCAGACGACCUGGGUUAAAGGACCCGACUUCUCUUGCUUCUGAAACACCCUGCAUCUCCUUGUCCCUGGCAGUUACUGUUAGCGAAGUGGAAUCAUUAUAUGAGCUAUUCAGAAAGAUUAGCAGUUCACUAGUCAAUGAUGGGCUAAUACACAAGGAAGAACUUCAACUUGCACUUUUCAAGAACAGUAGCAAGAGGAACCUUUUCCUAGACAGGUCCUUGCAGAUAUUUGAUCUCUUUGACGUCAACGGAAAUGGGCGUAUUGAGUUCUCUGAAUUCGUUCGAUCGUUAGCCAUCUUUCACCCCAAAACUACGGACCAAGUCAAAGCUUCAUAUGCUUUUAGGCUGUACGAUCUGAGGCAGACAGGUUGCAUUGAAAGGGUGGAGUUUUGGUUGCAUGGACAGUUGAAGGAGAUGGUGUUGGCCCUUUUCUAUGAAUCGGAGCUCAAUUUAUCUGAUGAUGUUGUAGAAACCAUCGUAAACAAGACGUUUGCGGAAGCGGAUGCCAAAGGUGAUGGCAAAAUCGAUGAGGAGGAAUGGAGAGACUACGUGGCAAAGAAUCCAUCACUCUUAAAGAACAUGACUCUCCCUUAUCUGAUGGACAUAAGCGUGGCAUUUCCCAGCUUCGUGCUUAACAGUACUGAUACCAGCCAAUAGUCAGAGUUAAAGAUUAGACUUGAAAUUAGGACAGAAGUGGAAGGGAAGGGAAGGCUCUCUCCAGACCAAGACCAUGAGCUGGAAGACCGACGUAACAAUGUGAGAGAGAGCCGGAUACCCGCCUGGUUCUGUACUGGGAGCCAGUUUGAUGCAGCCUCUCUCCGCGCGUGCUUGAUGAAGGUGGAAGUUCUUUUAACAGUGAUAUAUAUCUCAAAUUUUCGGAAGCAGCAGUCGGAGGCAAGGGGGGCCGUGUCUAGCAAAUGUAUGACUUGCAGAAAUUAAUAAAAUCUGACGACAAUCAGGUGUUUGAACUUUGAAUAGCCUUACAAAGUCUAAUUUAAUUAAGUCUAGUCGACUACUGCUUAAUUAUUCUUAUAUUUUUAUUUAUUUAUUUUAUAUAGAGAUGUUUUAUAAGUAUCUUUCCAUUUGUCAACAUUUCUUUUAAUCUCAUGAAUUCAUCCAAAUUAUCUUCCGGCA